UAUUUGUGUUGCACAGUACUCAGAGCUACCCAGCACAAGACGGCGCGUGAAUACACACAGUGUCGAGCCAGCGUAUGAAACAACAAGCCCACCGCAGCAGUCGUUAGGCUAGCCAGCGAGACUCUAGCAUGAAUUGAGCACGAUUACGAGUUAUUUAUACAAAAUAAUAGUAAUAACACUAAUAAUAUUAAUUACAUUUUUCUAAAUUUUUAUGCAACGAAUUUUACAACAACAAUAAAUGGUGUUUAGUGAACAAUAGAAAAUAUUACGGGUAAAAAACGAGUGUGUUUCAAGGCGUAAAAUGUGGCCAUGGAUGUUUUUCUGAUAUCAAUCACGGCGAUCAAGUGAAGAAAAUACACAUAAAUAUAUAAUUUAACUGUAUUUUUAAGAUCUCCACGAUUAGCGGUCAUAAAGUGUCAGAAGCUGCGAUUUGUUUGUGAACGAACGGAAAGUGGCGCGCUACGUAAUCCUUAUCAGCCGACAACUUCACCAACACAACAUACAUACAAACAUACAGAGACAUUAGUGCGUGUGUUGCUACAACAAACACACACAAACCGACAGUGGAAAAGGUGUGCGCGCUAAGCUUCGUAUAAACAACAAUAAUAAAUACAAAUUGCGCAUGCAAGGAUUUGCUACUGCGGCAAAAAGUUUAAACACAUCCUAGGCGCCAAUCAAGCGUGGACAGCUGCCAUUAGUUGUCUGAUAUGAACUUGCAACAGCCUUUGAUGUUUCUACGUCGCAUAUCAGCAUACAAUUGCACUUUAUUAGUGAUUCAUUUUCUCCAUAACUCAAACAACAAUAACAACGAUUGACCUACGGAUUUUGCACUUUGAAUACAAAAAAGUUCGCGUUCGGUUUUUCUCUGUUUAUGACUCACUGCCUUUCCGUAUCGGCGCUGCUUUCAGCAAGAACAAAUAAUUCAAGGACUUACACUAUACAACAAACUGCCAAUAAACUAUUUAUUAAAUAUUUUAUACAUCCUGAUCCAGACACAGAGCAAACUAAGCAAUUUUCCACACAUCAUUACGUCACUUAGACAUAAUUAAUGCAACAAAAUGUAUAAGUUGCUAGCCGGUUUAAAAUCCUAUCUGAAAUGGCAGCCCAUUCAGACGGACAAUGCCAUCUUCCGCCUGCACAACUCAUUUACGACCGUGUUGCUGCUCACCUGCAGUAUGAUCAUUACGGCCACACAAUUUGUAGGUCAUCCGAUCAGUUGCAUAGUGAGUGGCAUACCGACUCACGUGGUGAAUACGUUCUGUUGGAUCCAUAGCACAUUUACGAUGCCAGACGCAUUCAAGCGACAGGUCGGCCGUGAAGUUGCUCAUCCUGGUGUUGCCAAUGAUUUCAACGAUGAGGAUGCCAAGAAAUACUACACAUACUACCAAUGGGUCUGCUUCGUACUCUUCUUUCAGGCUAUCGCUUGCUAUACACCAAAGUUUUUGUGGGACAAAUUCGAAGGUGGACUAAUGCGCAUGAUCGUCAUGGGUCUGAAUCUAACGAUUUGUACGCGUGAGGAAAAAGAGGCGAAGCGUGAUGCCUUAUUGGACUACCUAAUCAAGCAUGUGAAGCGCCACAAGCUGUAUGCCAUGCGCUAUUGGGCCUGCGAAGCACUCUGCUUUGUCAAUAUUAUUGUGCAAAUGUAUUUGAUGAAUCGUUUCUUCGACGGCGAAUUCAUGUCUUACGGCACACGCAUCAUGCAGCUAUCGGACGUGCCACAGGAGCAGCGUGUCGACCCCAUGGUUUACAUAUUUCCACGCGUCACCAAGUGUAUCUUCCAUAAAUAUGGUGCUUCCGGUUCGCUGCAGAAACACGAUUCGCUAUGCAUACUGCCGCUGAAUAUUGUAAAUGAAAAGACUUAUGUAUUCAUUUGGUUCUGGUACAUGAUUAUGCUGGUGAUGUUGAUCGGCCUGCUACUCUUCCGCGCUUGCAUCAUUUUCAUGCCCAAAUUCCGGCCACGUCUGCUCAAUGCUCGCAAUCGCAUGGUGCCCAUGGAGAUCUGUCGAUCGCUCUCACGCAAAUUGGAUAUUGGUGAUUGGUGGCUCAUCUACAUGUUGGGACGCAAUUUGGAUCCUGCCAUCUACAAGGAAGUAAUGAGUGAAUUUGCCAAGCAGGUGGAACCCUCAAAGCACGAUCGCACCAAAUAA